CAAACCUCUACCUUCCACAUGUUCUGCUCCCCUUCCCUAAAGCUGGAUGUGGAGCAGGAACCUGAACUACCAAGCCCUUUUAUCUGCAUAAAUCCCUUCUGCCAGGCAGUGAGAGGUGCUGCCCUGUGCCCUGGCUCCCAGGCAGCAGCAGGGUCUCACUUUCUGCCUGUGCCCUGGCUGCUCUGCUGCUGCCUCUGCAGAGAGGGGGCUGCUUAAACCUGCCCAGGUUUGCUGUGCCCAGUGGUUUGUGAGUGUGUCCUGCUGCCGGGAGUCCUUCAUUCUGCACCCCUCUAAUUGUUUUCUCCUGCUGGGGACCAGCUGGAUCGGGAGCGCUGAGCAGAGGAAGAGGUCUCCCUGGCAUGUGUGAGUCUCCUCCCUGGUGAGCAGCUCAGCCCAGUGCCACCCCAGGCUCAGAGCCCACUGAAUUCCUGCUAGGAGAGCCCUGAGCCACAGGCACAGCAAACCUGCCCAGCUCAUCACCAAACCUCCUUUGGAGCAGCUGCCAGAGGGGCUGAAUUCCCUGUUUCCUGCUGUGCUGUCCAGAUCCUGCUCCAUGAGGGCCAAGGCUGGAGGAAAGCUGUGUCUCCGUGGCUCUGCGUGAGAUCCUCGCCCCGCUCACCCCCAGCCUCUCCUGCUCCUGGCCCUGCCAUCACCACCCACCAGAUGUGCAAGUGGCUGCAAAGAGCUCCCCUCCCCGAGCACAGGUGCUCUCUGUCAAGAAAAAAAAUGGUGAACUUGGAAACCAGCUGGAGAUUGCAAAGUCUCCUUUGCCUUGAGGUUGGUGGUCAAUGGUCAUCCUCUACCACACCCAAGGAAAGCAGAAGAGCUCCACUCUAACUUCUGUAAGGUCUCCUUCACUAUGGAAGAUCAAAUGAUUUUCUGGCUCAGGUUUUGUGAUAUUCGGCAUCUGCCUUGGACCUGGAGUUUGGAAAAGGGAUCGUCCCUGAGGCACGGCUGAGAGACAGAGCAACCAGCCCCAGACAAUGAGCACUUUAAGUAGCACUGGAAUAUUGCUCAGCUUAACAACAGUGUCUGUUACACUGGAUUUUAGUUUGCAUGGUGGUCUGAUGGCUUGGUCCUUAAGCAGCAAUUUGACUCUGAACCAGAGUUUGCCUACGUCUGAUCCUCUCAACACCUCUGAGAAGGGCGAAGUCUCUCGGAUGUCCGUGAGGGAGAAGAAUUGGCCGGCCCUCCUGAUCCUGGUUGUCAUCCUGCUGACCAUUGGGGGGAACAUAUUGGUAAUUAUGGCUGUGUCCUUGGAGAAGAAGUUGCAGAAUGCCACAAACUUCUUCCUGAUGUCGCUGGCAGUAGCAGACAUGCUGGUGGGUAUCCUGGUCAUGCCCGUGUCGCUCAUUGCAGUCCUGUACGAUUAUGCUUGGCCUUUGCCUAAACAGUUGUGCCCUAUAUGGAUUUCCCUAGAUGUGCUCUUUUCAACUGCAUCUAUUAUGCAUCUCUGUGCCAUCUCUCUUGAUCGGUACGUAGCAAUUCGCAAUCCCAUUGAGCACAGCCGCUUCAAUUCCCGCACCAAGGCCAUUAUGAAAAUUGCUGCAGUUUGGACCAUAUCCAUAGGGAUAUCUAUGCCUAUUCCGGUCAUUGGUUUGCAGGAUGACUCUCGGGUGUUUGUAAACGGGACCUGUGUCCUUAAUGACGAGAACUUCGUCCUCAUUGGAUCCUUCAUGGCUUUCUUCAUCCCUCUCAUCAUCAUGGUGAUCACGUAUUGCCUGACUGUCCAGGUGCUGCAGAGACAGGCCACAGUGUUCAUGUGUGGAGAGGUGCCCAAGCAGAGGAGGAGCAGCGUGAACUGCCUCAAGAAGGAAAACAACACAGAGAACAUCUCAAUGCUUCACAAUCACGAGGGGGCCUCCCACUUGAACUCCCCUGUAAAUAAGGAGGCGGUGCUUUUCCGGAAAGGAACGAUGCAGUCCAUCAACAACGAGCGAAGAGCCUCCAAGGUCCUGGGCAUCGUCUUCUUUUUGUUCCUCAUCAUGUGGUGCCCGUUUUUCAUCACUAAUGUCAUGUCUGUCCUUUGCAAGGAAGCCUGUGAUAAAGACCUGUUGAGUGAACUCCUGGAUGUGUUUGUUUGGGUGGGGUAUGUAUGCUCUGGGGUCAAUCCCCUGGUGUACACCCUCUUCAACAAAACCUACCGCAGGGCUUUCUCCAAUUACAUCCGCUGCCAAUACAGGCCUGGGAAAAAAUCAGCACUGCGGCAGAACCAAUGUCUGAAUGUGGCUUCAACAGCUUUGUAUGGGAAAGACCUGACUUUAACCAGUUAUCGAAAUGGCAAUGAGUUCAAUAGCAUGGAACUAGAUGAAGCUGAGGAGGGCCUUGAGAUGCAACCAGGGACUUCAGAGCUCUCCAUAAACAGCUGUAAUGUUGUAAGUGAACGAGUGAGCUGUGUGUAAAAGUGACUCUCACAGACCUUUGCUACGGGGUAUCUGUAGCCAAAAUAUAUUGUGUAAAAAUGUAAGUGUCGGUCAAAGGACUGUGUAAAUAUUGCAUUCUGAACAAAGCUUUCGGUUUUUUUUAAAGAGAAAAAAGAGUUGUCUUUCCAGUCCAGUACUUAAAAUAAUAUAUAUUAAUAUACUGCAGUGAAGUUUAAGGUUCUAUAUUUACUGUUAAUACUAGAUCAGAACUAUUAGUUACUUUGCAUAUGUCAUGGACAAAAUGUUUGAAUUCUUCUUCCAGUGCAUGAACAAAAAUGCUGAAUAUUUAUCUCAGGUGGAAUUUGCUGGAGUCCAGAAUGGCACGUUAAUAGUUAUAUAUCAAAUACAUGCUAUUAGACUUGGUCAGUAUAACUUUCUUUUUCAAGUUGACAGUAAAUAUAUACUUUAAAUCCUCACCCCUAUUUGUGCCGUGUAAAGACUUUACAGAAACCUGGCAGAGAGACAUCACAGCAGCGUAGUGGCCGUGCAGGCACCUGGCCAGACAUGUCCUGUUAUGUGUAGGGGCUUCUGCCAUAAUGGGUCAAUCUUGCACUUCAAGGGACCUUUGUUAGAUUCUGGCUCCCUCUUCAAUCCUGCUGUUUUCUUUCCAUCCCUCAGGAGGCUCUGGCUCCCCUAAGAAAGGCAGGGAAUGUGGUUUUUUGCAGUCCUGGCUGGGAUCACUCUCAGGCUUGGAGAAGAAGUGUGAGAGGCAGAACGAUCCCCAGCUAUUUAGUUCAAACAUUCACUAAAUGGAAGGCCCAGGAUCCAUUAAAAUCCCUCCUCUGGUCUUGCAGAUAACCAUCAGCUCUGGGGUGGAGCAGGCUGUGUGGCUAGCACUGCCUUCACAGAUUUCUGGAGGACCAGGGGCUUUGGCCUGUCUGAGGAAGAGCACUCUGGCUUUGGAAGAGCCCAAAUCUCUUCUCUUCUCACUCCUCACAUCUAGAUAUUCUUUAGCUGGUUUGGCAUUUGCUUUUAUUUUCCAGCCCAGUGCUGGUGACAGAACAGUGCUUUGGGCACAGAGCAGAAGGUUCUCUGUGUGUGGUGCUGGCCAGGUCAGGCUGUGAGCAGCAGGAUGUGCCUGCCUGGGGAAUGCUGGAGAGAGGAGUAAGAGAGGUCCCUGCUCUGUCUCAGGAGGAGGUGGGCAGAGCUGAACAGAGCAUGUGAUUGGAAUCAUUUGCUGGUGACAUGGUUCUAAAGCAAAUGGUGACCAGGGACAGCAGGGAAGCAGACCUGGAGCUAGUCUGCAUGGAGUAUGGAUCUGGAGAAACUUUAAAAUUUGAUUUAUUCCAUUUUACUCCCAAAGUAAAUUAGAGUCUAUCAUAUUAACACCACUUACAUCUUUAAUGAAAGCAUCCACAUUGGGAAUGAAUUUAUUUUAGGUAAUCUGCUUUUAAUAUACACCAUGUAUAAUUUGAAUUAAUUUUCCUCUGCAUUCCUGUGUACACAAACCCUCCAAGGCACUGUGUCUUUCUGGCACUGUGCCUCUGGGGUGAUGCCUCUCAUGCAGAUUUCCUUAUGUGGAGUAUUGUCUAAUGCCAGAUAUCACCCAUAAGGUUUUUAUAUCUUCAUUAACUACUACACAGAUGCUGCAGUGCCCAUCUAACACGGAUGCAUUUAGCAUCACUGACAGCCUCUGGCUACGAUAAUUGUCAGAACACAGAAGCUUACACUAGGCAUGGAUAAAUCACAUUUUAUUUACAUGAAUUGCUUGUACUCUCAGUUUGCUGUGUUCAUUCCAUUAAAACUAACUUGUAGAAGAACUGGAAAAUUCUGCCAGUGCUUGAGGUGCUGUUGCAUGGCUGUAUGCAGCUACAACCUUGCUGAGGCCACUACUAAAACACAACAUUUGGGUUGUAUCUGCUGUUGGGUUGAUUCCAGAAUGAUGCAAUGAAGUCGAUCAUCUUUUCUCCCUCAUCCCCUCCUGGGAUAAAUCCAUAGCACUCCCCUGCAGGCAGAUGAGGUAUCCCAGUGCAGAGUGCAGCUCACUGCUUGCAGAAGGCAGCAGAGCUGCUCCAUGUGCCAGCCUGCAGAUACCGCCAUGGGCUUGAAGGCUUGGGAAUCCACUUGCCUCUCCAAAAAGGUCAAGUAAUCAGCAGGAAAACCACUGGCCAGAGACACAGUUGCACCUUCAGCAACUGCCCUUUAUCCUGACAGAUUUUAUUAUCUCAAAAAGUACAGAAAAAUCAAAAAAAUCACAGUGCAUUUUAAUUUCCCCCCUUUGGGUGAAUUUAUAGCACAUCUCUUCCAAACAUGUAUAUGUGUAUAUAUAUAUAUACACACACACACACGUGUGAGUUUGUACUUAUAUAUAUACACAUAUAUACAUAUCUAUCUUUCAGAACCAACCACAGAUUUGAAAGCAUUUAGCAAUAAGUUGAAUUACAGUAGCUUCUAGCACAUGUGUGAGUCGUGUGAAUAGCUCAUUUUCCAGCUGGAGCUCAGCGUAAGUGUUCACACAGGCAUUGUCUUCGCAUGGGAGCUUUCAUGUCUCACCCUUGCCACUUCUGUUCUAUGGGCAAAAAGAGAACCUGCUAUAUUUGGAUGUAAAUAAUGAGAAUUGAACAGAAAAUUUUCAGAAUUUUUAUAAGUGUUUUUAAAAAAAAUUCAGCGCCAGAACUGUAAAUAUGCCAACCUCAGCUGGACCCGUUCUGAUGUCCAUCUCUCAUCUGGAUGAAGAGCCAAGGGGACUGACUGCCUUACAGCACCUGCGUUCCUCCCAGCCAGCAGGGGAGAGCAUUUCUCUGAAUGGUUAAAUACUGUCACGUACCCAACUUUCUUUGGGUCAUUCACAUCAGGGUUUUGUGAUGCUGCUAUUAAUUUAUUAAAGAAAGUUUGUUGGUUUAACCAUUCUUCUUUUUUUUUUUUCAUGAUCUAUCAGAAAAUUAAUAAAUGAACAUGCCCUCUCUUUCUUUCAUCUGUCCCCAGUUAAAAUAUGUCCUGACAUAAAACCAAACCAACAACAAAAAAUGAGGAUAAGGACCUAUACUU